ACAUGAACUGGGAAUGGGAGCUCUCAGAAGCGCAGCUGAAAUACUGUUUUGGAUCAUGCCAAGCAAGGAAAAUCUUCCCCGUCUACCAUCCUCCAAACAGACUAGGUAAUAAAAAUGUGCCCCUUACGGGGGCACCUCACAUAGGACCUGGAUGUUAUCUCCACGACGAUAAGAAUAGUCUGGCGUACAACCUCAGUAAGGUCCCUAUGAGUAAUAAGGGAUAUAUCAUCGGAUCCAGAACGAGCCAGCGAUUUAAAGCAGAUCAUAAGGAGAUGAUGCCCAGUCCAAUUUCAUACGACUUACAGAAAAUUAAGUCACAAUGUGCUCUUCCUCCUUAUGCUCCAUUUAACUCCGUCUCAUCUCGAUUUGAUGAGAGACCCACAGACUCAUCAUAUUUCCCUGGCCCUGGAACCUACAAUCCAGAGACUCUGCUUUCCCGGAAAGUCACUUGGCCAAUGAAAUUUGGGUCUCCAGAUUGGGCUCAAGUGCCAGUCCUAAAGAAAAGGACCCUAAAAACUGAGCUGAUAACAGACAAAGAAUUCAGGAUACAUCGGAACCGAGUGGCCUACCUAAGCCUGUAUUACAGCUGAGAGAUCUUUCUGAUGUCCUGUUCAUUCCCCUGACCCCACCUAAGUCUUGACGCCAUGAGGCAAGGUACUCCUGUUACCCUCUUGUCUGCCAGGGUUGAGCCCUAGGCAGGGAGUGGUUCAUUCUAAGUUGCAAAAUAGUAUUCCUUAAAAACUCA